GGCGAGAGGACCUCAUUGAGGGUUGAUUAGGAGACGUGACUCUUGAGCUAAGGGCUUUGUGAGGUGAGAAUUCGGGGAGCAGGUUCAAUGAGGGGGUUUAGAGUCGGAGAUAGGAGUUGUAUUGAGGUCCCGUGGGAGUGAAGAAUCAGAGUCAGAGAACGCCGAGGUGCUGUAGGAGGCAUGGGGGGGGGGGGGACCUGCAAUGAAGAGAGCAAGGAUUUUGGAAACAAGAUUGCUUGAGUCAGCGUGUUUGCUCGUGUGUAUACCGGAAUAACAGGUGUUGCAGUGUGUUGUGAGGAUUAAAUGAUACAGUGAAUAUUCUUCACUUAGCACAGUGCCUGGCACAUGGGAAUGCUCAGUUAGCAUGUGUUGCUGUCAUCCUCAGUAUUAUGAAAGGAAGUAGAAGAAGAAAUGAGAAGGGAUGAGGAGGAUAAAGUGAAGGAGGCAUGGGAAAGCAAAGGGUAGGGGGUGAAGAACAACCUGAAAUAGGAAGGAAUUUCCAAGGUAGAAGAUAGUUUGGGUUCAGGGGAAGUAGGUGAAGGAAGUGGCCCAGAGAGACUUUUAGAAAUCAGACUUUGUGACCCUGAACGGAAUAGGGGAGGUGGGAGAACAAGCCAGCCCUUUCUCUGAAGGAGGCCUCGAACCUCACCUCUCCAGCCCUCAGCUGUCAACUGGAGAAAGAGGCUGCUUUUUCACUUCCUCUGGGUUACUCUGUUUAGCUGAGGGAUGAAGGAGAAAGGAUUGGACUUAUUUUAUUGAAGGUCCUAGAAAAGGCUUAGGUUUCCUUUCAUGAUGUCACGGGAGGUAGAUUGGUUUGUUUCAGAAUUAUAGAGAGCAGAAGGUUAGGGACAGUAAGACUUUUUGGAUUUGGUCUGAAGAACAUGAUAACAGGUCUGUGACCAGAGGCCUUGGCCCCUCCAUCAGAGGAAGAUGCUGCUGCCACCUGCUUGCUCUUCCUGAACCUCCAGGUGUCUGCCACACUGCCCCAUGGAGGACUUGCCCACCUCACUCAGCUGCUCUGACUGUCAGCGCCACUUUCCUAGCCUCCCAGAACUGUCACGGCACCGUGAACUGCUCCAUCCAUCUUCCAACCAGGAUAAUGAGGAGGCUGACAGCAUCCCUCGGCCCUACCGCUGUCAGCAGUGUGGGCGGGGUUACCGUCACCCAGGGAGCCUGGUCAACCAUCGCCGGACCCACGAGACUGGCCUUUUCCCCUGUACCACCUGUGGCAAGGACUUUACCAAUCCCAUGGCCCUCAAGAGCCACAUGAGAACUCAUGCUCCUGAGGGCCGCCGCAGACGCAGGCCCCCCCGCCUGAAGGAAGCCACUGCAUGCCUCCAGGGGGAGACAGUGUCCCCUGACUCCUGGGGCCAGAGGCUUGGCCCUAGGGAAGGCUGGGAAAACCAGAAAAAACAUACUGAAGAGACAUCUGGCUGUGAGUCUGGGCCUGAUCCCAGGGCAACUCUGGGCACUUGGGAAGAUCCACCUACCAGACAAAGAGAAGUCUGGGAAAGCCAGCCAGAUCCUGAGGAGGAUGCAGAGGGCUCGGGGCCCACUACGAACUCUGCUAGAGCCCCACCGCUCCCCACCCCAGCCAGCAGCCUUCUGAGCAAUUUGGAACAGUAUUUGGCUGAAUCAGUAGUGAAUUUCACAGGGGGCCAGGAGCCUACCCAGUCCCCUCCUGAGGAAGAACGUCGGUACAAGUGCAGUCAAUGUGGCAAGACCUACAAGCAUGCCGGGAGUCUCACCAACCACCGCCAGAGCCAUACCCUGGGCAUCUACCCUUGUGCCAUCUGCUUCAAGGAGUUCUCUAACCUCAUGGCCCUGAAAAACCAUUCCCGACUCCAUGCCCAAUAUCGGCCAUACCAGUGUCCCCACUGCCCCCGUGCCUUCCGGCUCCCCCGAGAGCUUCUGGAACACCAGCUAUCCCAUGAGGGAGAAAGGCAGGAACGGCUGUGGGAAGAAAAAGGGAUGCCCACCACCAAUGGGCACACAGAUGAGAGCAGCCAGGACCAACUCCCCACUACACAGAUGCUGAAUGGCUCCGGGGAGCUCAGCACCUCUGGAGAGCUGGAGGACAGUGGUCUAGAGGAGUACCGGCCUUUCCGCUGUGGUGACUGUGGCCGUACUUACCGCCAUGCUGGGAGCCUCAUCAACCAUCGCAAGAGCCACCAGACAGGUGUCUACCCCUGCUCCAUCUGUUCCAAGCAGCUGUUUAAUGCAGCUGCCCUCAAAAACCAUGUGCGGGCUCAUCACAGACCCCGGCAAGGAGCUGGGGAAGAUGGGCAGCCAUCAGUGCUGCUAGCUCCCCUGCCCCUGGCUGAGAACACCCACAAAGAGAAGGAGGUCCCCACUACCACCCUGGACCACCGCCCGUAUAAGUGCAAUGAGUGUGGUCGGGCUUACCGCCACCGGGGGAGCCUAGUGAACCACCGCCACAGCCAUCGGACAGGAGAGUACCAGUGCUCACUCUGUCCCCGCAAGUACCCCAACCUUAUGGCCCUGCGCAACCAUGUGCGGGUACAUUGCAAGGCUGCUCGCCGCAGCACAGGCCCAGGGAACGAGGGUCCCCCCAGCCACCUCAAGGUGGAGCUCCCGCCUGACCCAGUGGGAGCAGAGGCAACCACAGGUACAGACCAGGAACAUGUGUGCAAACAAGAAGAGGGCACUGAUGUCCCCCCAGCAGCAGAUAGGACAGCACCACAGAUAUGUAGCGUGUGUGGGAUGCUCUUUGAAGACUCUGAGAGCCUUGAACAUCAUGUACGGACCCAUGGGGAAGAGGAAAACAACAGGUCAGGGACCAGGGUAUCACCACCUCGGGCAUUUGCCUGCCGAGACUGUGGAAAGAGCUAUCGCCACUCUGGCAGCCUUAUCAACCACAGGCAGACCCACCAGACAGGAGACUUCAGUUGUGGGGCCUGUGCCAAGCACUUCCAUACCAUGGCUGCCAUGAAGAACCAUUUGCGACGCCAUAGUCGACGGCGGAGCAGGCGGCACCGCAGGCGGGCUGGCAGUGCUGGCGGUGGGGGAGAAGCCAAAUUCCUGUCAGGCGGGAACUGGGCCGAGGAGUUGGUGGGAGACAGUGAGGGCCUGGACUGCCCCCAUGACCCUUUAGGGGAAAGAUGUAGUAGAGCUGAAGGCAACUUGGAAGGUGAUGGGGGCUAUUUGCAGGCUGAAGCUGAAAGAGACAAGUGUGGGCUUGAGAGGGAUGAGGCCUGUUUCCAGGGUGAUAUCCAGGGUGAUAGAGAGAGAAGAGGCACUGAGGAAGGACUGGAAAGGAAGGAGGCCUGUUUCCUUGACAACUUGGACGUCCCAGUCAAUGAGGAAAGAAAUGGGACUCACUUCUGUGAUGGCCUCACUGGAGUGGACGAAGACCAGAAACCAGCCACUGGCCAGCUCAGCUCCCCUUCCCAUUCUGCUGAAGCUGUCACUAGCUGGCAGGCUGAGGUCUCCCACACAUGUUCUGACUGUGGGCAUUCUUUCCCCCAUGCCACCGGCCUGCUGAGCCACGGGCCCUGCCACCCACCAGGCAUCUAUCAGUGCUCCCUCUGCCCGAAGGAGUUCGACUCUCUGCCUGCCCUGCGCAGCCACUUCCAGAACCACGGGCCCGGGGAGGCAGCCUCGGCACAGCCUUUCCUCUGCUGCCUCUGUGGCAUGAUCUUCCCUGGGCGGGCUGGCUACAAGCUUCACCGGCGCCAGGCUCAUGGCUCUUCUGGCAUGACUGAGGGCUCAGAGGAGGAGGGAGAAGAGGAAGGAGCAGCAGAGGCAGCCUCCACUCAGAGCCCCCCACUGCAGCUUUCGGAAGCAGAGUUGUUGAAUCAGCUGCAGCGAGAGGUGGAGGCGCUGGAUGGAGCCGGUUAUGGGCACAUCUGUGGCUGCUGUGGUCAGACGUAUGAUGACCUGGGAAGCCUGGAGCGUCACCACCAAAGUCAGAGUUCUGGGAACACCACAGACAAGGCUCCCAGCCACUUGGGAGAGUCAGGUGAUGCCACGGGAAUGGUUGUAGACAGUGUCUUUGAGAGCACAGUGACCUCUCUUUCUGGGGAGGGUGGAGACACAAAGUCUGGAGAGGGAAUAAGUGCUGUGGUUACAGAUGGCCUUUGCAUGCAGGGUGAGGAAAGUUCUCUGGAGGCCCAGCCCCGCCCCUUCCGCUGCAACCAGUGUGGCAAGACCUACCGCCAUGGGGGCAGUCUGGUGAACCACCGCAAGAUCCACCAGACUGGAGACUUCAUCUGCCCUGUCUGCUCCCGCUGCUACCCCAACCUGGCUGCCUACCGUAAUCAUCUGCGAAACCACCCACGCUGCAAAGGCUCAGAGCCCCAGGUGGGGCCCAUCCCAGAGGCAGGAGGCAGCAGUGAGCCCCAGAACAUGGGAGAGGAUGGGCUGGCGCAGGCAGAAGUGGGGAAGUUCCAGGAAAAACUUAAAGUGGAGCCCCUGGAGGAGGUGGCGAGAGUGAAAGAAGAAGCAUGGGAGGAGACCACUGUGAAGGGGGAAGAGAUGGAGCCAAGGUUGGAGACUGCAGAGAAGGGCUGCCAGACUGAGGCCAGCUCUGAGCGGCCCUUCAGCUGCGAGGUGUGUGGCCGGUCAUACAAGCAUGCUGGCAGCCUCAUCAAUCACCGGCAGAGCCACCAGACUGGCCACUUUGGCUGCCAGGCCUGCUCCAAAGGCUUCUCAAACCUAAUGUCCCUCAAGAACCACAGGCGCAUCCAUGCAGAUCCCCGGCGUUUCCGCUGCAGCGAGUGUGGGAAGGCCUUCCGCCUGCAGAAACAGCUGGCCAGCCACCAGCGGGUCCACCUUCAGCGGGGUGGGGGUGGGGGCACCCGAAAGCUGACUCUGGAAGAUCGGCCUUUCCGGUGUGGGCAGUGUGGACGGACCUACCGCCAUGCUGGCAGCCUCCUGAACCACCGGCGCAGCCAUGAGACAGGCCAGUAUAGCUGUCCCACCUGCCCCAAGACCUACUCCAAUCGCAUGGCCCUGAAGGACCACCAGAGGCUGCAUUCAGAGAGCCGGCGGCGGCGUGCAGGGCGAUCCCGGCGGGCAGCUGUGCGCUGUGCCCUCUGUGGCCGGGGCUUCCCUGGCCGGGGACCUCUGGAGCGGCACCUGCGAGAGCAUGAGGAGCAGACCAAAAGUGGUCGGGGAGGCUCAAGUGGCACAGAGCACAGUGAGGGAAACCUGGUUGAUGACCAGGGACUAGAGAACAGAUUGGGUGGUACUGAGUCAGUACCCCAGCUGGAGGAUGGAGACACGAGGCCAGGAGAGCAGAGUCAGAGCCCCAUUAGGGCAGUAGGUUCAGAAGCCACAGAGCCAGUAUCUUGGGGCAUGGGGAAAGCAGAUGGGUUGCAAGGGGACAGUGGACAGGUGAAUCAUGAUGGAGAUUGGGUUCCUCAGGGUCAUGUACUGGCCAAGCCAGAAGACAAGUCAGGGGACAGUGUUUCCAGGACUUCUUGCCCCCUUGGCAACAGCCAGCCCAAUGGAGCUAGUCUGAGUCACGUGGAUAGCUGGGACAAUGGAGAUAGCAUACCUCAGCUCCAGCCAGAGAGCCAUCCCUUUUCCUGCAGCCAUUGUGGCAAGACCUACUGCCAGUCGGAAGGCCCCUUGAACCACUACAACACCUACAAGACAGACCACCGCUAUUGUCUGCUCUGCUCCAAGGAGUUCUUGGAUCCUGUGACCACUAAGAGCCACAGCCGUAACCACAUAGCUGCCCAGACCUUUGCCUGCCCUGACUGUGGCAAGGCCUUUCAGCACCACCAUGAACUAACCAGCCACCUGCAGACUCAUGCUAGGGGCAUCAGUCAAGUGCCACCUCAGAUAGAGGAGGCCAGAGGUCCCAAAGCUGGGACUGUGGAGGAUGAGGUGGAUCUCCCCGUCCAAGGAAAAACCCAGAAGGCCCCAUCAGAAGCCCCCAGGCCUCCAGGAGAGAAUGCUGGGAGAGCUAAUGGAGGGCAAGGAGUAAAGGCCACAGUGGCUGAAGAUGAAGAGCGGCCCUUCCGCUGUGCCCAGUGUGGGCGUUCCUACCGCCAUGCUGGUAGCCUCCUGAACCACCAGAAGGCCCACACCACUGGACUCUAUCCCUGUUCCCUCUGCCCCAAGCUUCUACCUAACCUGCUGUCCCUUAAGAACCAUGGCAGGACCCACACGGACCCAAAGCGUCACCGCUGCAGCAUCUGUGGCAAGGCGUUCCGGACAGCUGCUCGGCUGGAGGGCCAUGGGCGAGUCCAUGCACCCCGGGAGGGGCCCUUCACCUGCCCCCACUGUCCCCGCCACUUCCGCCGCCGCAUCAGCUUCCUGCAGCACCGGCAGCAGCACCAGGAGGAAUGGACAGUGGCCAGCUCUGGAGCCCCAAAGGCACCAGCGAUGGGAGGAGGGGACUUGUCAUUGCCUCUUCCACCCACCCCAACGACCCUACUCCUGGACCCUUCCCCCAAGUGGCCUGCAGACCUCAGCUUCUCCCUCUGAACUUCAAGUCUCCAAAGAUCAGAAUGUGGGGUGGGGGGUGGGGGUAUGUGUUGCAGGGAAAGGCUUGAUUUCCAUGUUUUGCUCAGGAGUAGUUUGGGCAUCCCCAUCUCUUCUCUCCUCUCCCCCUGCGAAGAGGACCCAGAUCUGGCUUCUUUCCCAAGGAGGGGGUGAGGUGUUCUUCAUGUUCCGGUCCUUGAAGGACUCCUUCCUCCAGCCUUUGUCACCAUGCUCUUCUCUAUGACCAGCCCCCCAAGAAAGCCGGUGCCAGGCUCUGGCGUGAUGCUGGGCCACCCUUGCCAACCAGAUUCCAAUACCAGGGAGAGGCAGAUUCAGAGACAGCCACAGUGGGAAUGUUGCCUGUGGAAGGGGAGCCUUUUGCUACAAUUUGUAACUUAUUUUCUAAAGUCUAUUUUGUAACAAUUUAUUUAAGUUUUGGAAAAAAGGAAAAUUGCUCCCCCCAAAAAGAGAAAUUUUCAAAGUUCAUGGCUGGUGUGAUUGUAUCCGAGGGGAUGAAGAAUACGGAAAGCUGGGGACGCCUGCAUUGGACAGCAGAGCUGGGUGUCGGGGAUCUUCCACAGGUGACAUCUCCCUGUCCUGCAGGGUGGGGAGUGGGGGCAGCUGCCGGUCCAGGCAAG